AUUUUGUCUGAAUGCAAACAAUUCAUAGUAAUACUUUUAUUGUUAUAGUCAUCAGUGUAGCAAAUGUGUGUUCAGGUGGGAGUAGCCGCUGGAAGGAAGAAACUGGUGGAAGCCGUGAACUAGGUAUAUGUGUUAAGAGUCUUUAAGCAGCCUGUGAAAUAUGGGAAAUUCGUCCUGUGAAAUUCUGACCUUGGUACACUAAAUUGUGAAGGGAGAAAAUGUUCUUCACUGAACUCUUCACCACGAAUGGACUGACAAACAUCACCGCUCCGGACGACGUGCUUGCAUCCAGACCAUCGACGGCUCCAUCCUCGGCGAUUCCUGCUCCACCUCCUGACGAUCUUAAACCCUUUAGUCCUGAAAACGCAAAAAAAAGGAGGAAAUGUUAUAAACGUAUCUCAAGGCGUUGGGAAACCUUAGGAGAAUGGGCUGCUAGCUGAACGCAUACAAACAAUUCAUGGUGAUAAUUGCUUUACGGUCAUUAUAGUGCAGCGAGCGUAUGUUCAGGUGGACGUGGCCGAUUGGAAGGAUUAGCGGUUGGAAUUAUGGGAGUUGUUUUGGCAGAGAUAGGAAGCGUGGCACUUGGAAGGGAUUAAUGGUAUAAGUAGUUGGGAAAAAGAGGAUGUGUGACAUCUGCGUUCCUGGUCCACUGGAGGCGCUGUGUGACGUCUGCCUCUGUCUCACAGGUCAUACUGCAUACUAUAUGUGAUGUUCAGGGGAUUUGUGCCACUUGUUCUGGUGGUUGGGAAGGAGGGCGUGUUCUAUACACACAUCAGUAACGUUCAGUUCAUCCUUGACCCCCGCGUGGAGAGGAGGUGGGUUCCCCCUCCGGCUGGCUCCCGGCCCUCGCCUAGCACCUCCAUCAGUCUGCCUCCUCGCUACGUCCGUGUUUGAGCACUGAGCUCAAACUCUCAGCUAUUCCAGUGUUUAAAUACUGUAUCACCUUAUAUUUGCUUCGUUCAUUAGUGGACUACCACUUAGUCCAUGGUGGAAGACCACACUAUCUACUAGUGUGGGGGACAGACAACCUUCGCAGAACUAUUAUCUCCACUACUGUACAUAGUACCAGGAUGACAUCUUGCUGGCUUCUUCUUGGAAUGUUAUCCUGGUGGACGCCUGCCUGCCUCGCCUCGCCCGCGCACAGGACCCAGACCCUAGCCCAGCACUACGCCUCCGUGUCGUCCUACCCGUUCUCGAAGGUAGUGGGAAUGUUCAGUGUGGUGGACGAGGCCUCCUGCUCCUGCGUCCUCGCCUCCUCCCCGUGUCCUCUCGAGAUCACGGAGAAGUCCACCUUGAAGACCAGAGGGCUGCCGUGUCCGUGGCAGACGCGGUACUGCUGCUGGCGCAAGAUUCUUCGUAACCUGUUCAACAACUCGUCCACCGGUUCUGCCGAACGUCAGCAACUCUCAAGCAACGUCAGCCACGCCCCGGUGACAGUACCUACCGAGCGUCAGGGUCACUCUGGUAGUGUCAGUCCACGGCUCAUGAACAUCCCAGUUCAGCGUCAACGAUACGACACAAAAUUAAAAAGCUCCAGAGAAACCGCAGAUGACCAAGGCAGCGAUAAAGCAUUCUGGCUGCCAUCUGACUUCAACAGAACAUUUGUGGUAUCUGGAGGUCCGGGGCUCCAAAGUGGAAAAGUAAGAGAUACCGACUCAUCUAAUCCUCAAGCCAUCAUUUCAGAAGUCAGCACUUCAAAGACACCCUUAACAACUAUCUUAACCACCACACAAGACGCGGAAAAACACCCCAGUGAUGUGCUUCGUCCACCCAGGAAUGAAGACUCUCAGAGAAGGCCAAAGACGGCAGCUUGCUCGUGCAUGACUCGAGAAGACUGCAUCAACUCUUGGUCUCUUUUUGGUGAUCUUCCUGAAGUCGAGAUCAAGACCAGCCUAGAGUGUGAGAAGCCGGAGCUGGCGUGCUGCCUGGGUCGUGUCCUGCCAGCCAGGUCUGGAAGCUCUCCAGAACAACGGCGCCGCGGGAGACCAACCCCAGCAUCAAGUGUGUGGCGGCCGCUGCAGACAACUUGGGACAGUCUCGUCUCUUGGUUCAUCGGCUGACCCUGUCAUACCAUAUCAAAGUCCAUAAUAAUAACACUGAGAACAUUAAAUACGUAAUAAAUGCAAUAUAAAAUCAUAAUAUUAAUAAAAUAAUAACAAUAAUACAAAUUAUUAACAAAAUUUCUAGUCACAUUGCUGAAGAUGUGUCUAAUGCAAGACAGAGUCUACAGCAAUAUGAAGUAGAAGAGACCCUCGAGGAAGUUGGCAAAAUAUAAAAUAAUAAUGUAACAGCUGAGAAAUAGAAGAACAAAAUGUUUUGUGAGUCCUGGAAGUGAUCGGGUUCUCUACAAGCUUCCAGAUGCCUGACCCCAAGCUGAGGAUGGUGGCCCCUACAGCUGAGGAUGGUGGCCUCUACAGCUGAGGAUGGUGGCCCCUACAGCUGAGAAUGGUGGCCCCUACAGCUGAGGAUGGUGGCCCUACAGCUGAGGAUGGUGGCCCCUACAGCUGAGGAUGGUGGCCCCUACAGCUGAGGAUGGUGGCACCUACAGCUGAGGAUGGUGGCCCCCCACAGCUGAGGAUGGUGGCCCCCCACAGCUGAGGAUGGUGGCCCCUACAGCUGAGGAUGGUGGCCCCCCACAGCUGAGGAUGGUGGCCCCCCACAGCUAAGGAUGGUGGCCCCUACAGCUGAGGAUGGUGGCACCUACAGCUGAGGAUGGUGGCCCCCACAGCUAAGGAUGGUGGCUGACCAGACCACACACUAGAAGUUGAAGGGACGACGACGUUUCGACACAAAUCGACUUGAGAAUGGUCCAGGACGGACCGAAACGUCGUCGUCCCUUCAACUUCUAGUGUGUGGUCUGGUCAACAUACUUCAGCCACGUUAUUGUGACUCAUCACCUGCAUAAGGAUGGUGGCCCCUACAGCUGAGGAUGGUGGCCCCCCAGUUGAGAAUGGUGGCCCCACAGCUGAGGAUGGUGGCCCCCACAGCUGAGGAUGGUGGCCCCCACAGCUGAGGAUGGUGGCCCCCACAGCUGAGGAUGGUGGCCCCCACAGCUGAGGAUGGGGUGAAGACAGCCUGGGGCCGGGGUGCCGGCACAACACGACUCUUGUAAGCAUCACACUUGGCGGGAGGUCAACCCGUCCUCUCACAACCUCCUCCAGCCGGGGUUUCCUGGAGGCGACGCGACGACCGACUCCCGUUCAACCGUGUGUUUCUCUACUUCCCACAGUGUUUACCUGCAGACGAUUUCGGUAGUUUUAUUGCAGCCUGGCCUAGAGCCAGCCUUCCUAAGUGAGUGUUUGAUACACGGGGCUGUUUGUCUUUGGAAACCGCAAGCCCACAUAAUCAACACAUGGCUGAUUUUUGUUUAUUUGUUAAAAAAAAAACAUUGAGUUUUGUAAUUCUAUAGUUGUGCAGACGAUGAGUCACAAUAACGUGGCUGACGAUAUGAAAACUAAACCCCACACCAGAAGAUGAGGAGACGACGACGUUUCGGUCCGUCUUGGACCAUUAUCAUGUUGAUUGUAAUGGGAGCGAUAGGUGUUUAUAUUCUAUACAUUUACGUUACGUUAGUACAACGCAUAGUUACACUUGAAUUAAAAUGGGUAAACAAUCAGGCAGUCACUUACAACCCAAUGUUUUGGUCACAGUAUAAAGGCAUGAUAUAACAGCAUACAAACAGCCUAAGCCACACAUACGAGAGGAAAGUGGCGAUAUUUCAGCCCGUCCUCAACCCUCAAACAGACGUAAUUGAGCACAGGUAGAGCAGGUUGUGCAUGUGCAGUAUAUAAAGCAAAUUAAAUGAUCAUGUGUACCCACACAUUCAUAUCACACCCCAGGUGAGGACUGAGUUGAGACAAAGACGCACAGACCGAAGCAUCUAUGGUACCUGCGCCAUGUUGCACAGAGUCAAGGUUCGCCUACGAGAGGACCUCAUUCUCACAACGACUGACAUCUUAGAAAAGGUCUCUACCAUCGGCAAUGUCUCACCAGCUGACAUCCUGGAGACCAGAGAAGGUGUUCACCUUCUCUUCUCCAGCGACAACGACCUGGAGAAGCUAUUCGCCGCCUCCACCACGACCACCCUGCUAUAGACGCCGGCCUCACCCUCACUCCUCCUAGACGCUACCUGGCGGACAGGACUGUGUUUGCCAGACACAUCAGCGCAUGGAUCUCCGCGACGACGACAUCCUUGCCAGCAUCAAUUCCUUGAACCCGACCCUGACCGCGGUAGUGGCCAAGAUCAGCACCAACAACACCCGCAGACCCACAGAGAAAGUGACCUUCAGCACGGUCAUCGCAGCGACCCACGCAAAAGAACACGGUCUUAAGUGCGCCGGAAUUACGAUUCCACCUGCCCACGUGGCCAAGGAACGAUACACGGAGCUCCGCCAAUGCUUUAAAUGCUACUGGUACUCCCACUACAUCAGUAAGUGCACCGAGCAAGUGACAGAAAUGCAGUAUCUGCGCCCAUGAGCAUCACUACACAGCCUGCACUUCCUACCGCCGACGCUGCCUACUCUGCAAUGGCCCGCACACUGCAGUUUCAUCUGACUGUCUCUACCGGCAGGAGGAAAUAAAACAGAUGACGGUAAGCACCACCUCAACUCAGCUAGCCAAACCGGCUACGCCCGCUUUCCCGGCCUUGCACGAGAACACCGUGGAAGCUGCUGCUACCACACCACCACACCACUGCUUGAUCCCUCACCUUCGAGCUCACCUCCGCAGCCCUAACAAUCACGACCCAAGCCUGCAGUUACCACCAACAACACCCUCCUACCGGUACUUCUACACCUCGCCGACAAAUUGGCUGGCAACGAUGUCAACCUAUACGUCCACACCAUCAAUAGGCUGCUCACCGCAAAUGGACUUCCGACGGUGAUGGUACCAGGGGACCUUCUUCCAGCUCCACCUGCAGCCAGCCCGGCCCUGGCUACUCCUGCCAACGAAGACACCACAUCCAAUGACGACAACGACCACCCGAAACUCCCACAACCAACACCAAGAGGCUCUCCAGAGCCGCCACCGACGUCGACGAGAACGGCCUUGCGACCGACGACGAAGACGACGACGAAAACAAAAGUACUUGCCAUGUGCUGUUCAUUCCGCCCAGCGAGUUCAAUGGCAACGCCCACACCAGACGAAAAUUGGCCCACAGAUGUAACAAGAUAAUCAGCCAGAACAAAUACCCGCACCCCAAGUAUGUCCACGCCCACAUCAUGAACUCUUACACUGAUCUCACAAUACUGAAAAAAGAAUACCCCGACCCAGAAUUCCACCGUAAAUUCCCAGACGGACAAAUGCAAUUCCUCGAAAAGGACGACGAUCCUGAUGGUACCAAACUACCGAGGUUGCUCUGUUCAGAUAUAAAGCGUCGCUUUGCACAUUAAACUGCAACCUGGCGACUAAGCCUCCUGCUGGCCAUAAACUGCAACCUGGCGACUAAGCCUCCUGCGGGCCAUAAACUGCGAGCGACCAUGAAGACCCCAUCCAUCCACAGAUCCCCAGUACCAGCUAUUAAUACUGGUAAUGGCUCCAAAGGGCCUCCACUUACGGGCUAUUCAUACCCGUGCCACCAUUUGGGUGGGUUAAUCUUUAUCAGUCAAUCCAUCAAUCAUGUGUAUGUGUGUGCACAG